UCCAGCCAAAUAGUAGCUACCCAAACCUCGUGUCAACUCCAACUUGAGCCUUUCCGUACCAAUACACCAAACCAUCAACAUGCCUCUCUUCGGAUCCAAGCGCGAGCCCAGUCCUCCACCUGCUCCUCCUCAAAAACACUCCAUGUUCUCCAGGCGCCGCUCUUCCUCCCCUUCAUACCGGGACACACGCCACAGCAGCUCCACCAGCCGCACUACUACCACACAUACUUCCUCGCCCAAGCGCACAUCUGGCAUGUUCAGCCGUGGCUCCGGAGACCCUAGCAUUGCUACUGCCAAGCAGAGCUUGAUGAACGCCGAGGCAGCGGAGAGGGAUGCUGACCGCGCGCUUUUCGUUGCGAAGAACGCUGUAAGGGAAGCAAGAGAACAUGUUCAUCGCCUAGAGAGGGAAGCUGCUGAGGAGGCGAGACUUGCGAAGAUCAAGCAGGGCGAGGCCAAGGCUCUCGGCAAGAAGGGCAAGUUGCUUGGAAGACACGACCAUGUCUAAGUUGACCUCAGCCGUCAUAUUCAAAAGCAGCCGUGGAGUGGUUGUUUGGGCGAUGCCCAUACGGACGUUGUUUCUUUUCGUUAUGAUACUGAAUGAUGUGAAGCGCGGAGUUGUCGGUUUUCUUACGUUACUAUGAGCGCUUGUAUAAUACCCGUUAUGUUUACUUCAGCAUUGAAUGUCCAUC